AUGUCUAAUAAUCGUCAGUUAAGACGACGACAACAACAACAAAAAUCGAUUUCAAUAUUUUCAAAUUUAAUCAAUACAUGGAAAGUUCGUCCUAUCAAUGGUUUUGAAAAACAUUUAUUUUCAAAUGCUCAAACAUCUUUUAAUAAUGCCAUUGUAUCUAUAAAAUCUAUUCAAAAAAAUAUGAUUGAUCCAUCUCGAUUUAUCUAUCCACGUGAUGCUAUGGGUAAUAUGCUUAUUCCAUUAGUCAAUCGAAAUACUUCCAUUUCUAAACCAUUUUAUUUGCCUAAGUAUGAUCUGAUUAAAAUUCGUUCACCCAGAUGGACCAUUAAAAAUGUACAUCAUUCGAAAGACAUUGAUUAUCAUAUAGGUCCAAUGACUUAUGAUAGUGUUAAUGAUAAAUCACAAUUAUCAUGUAAAUCUGGUUGGACGCAAAUAGGACGACAAACAUAUAAAAUACAUUCAGAAUUAACAGUACCAUUUUAUGAUACAAGAAAAUAUAAACAAGUUGGUGAUCGAUAUUCUAAACAUGCCGUAAUUCUUGGACGACGAACAAUUCGUACAGAUAUGAAAACUAAAAAACUUUCGAAUAUUAUCAAAAGAAAAUCUAAUAUUAAUAUUGAAUAUCCAUAUGAUAUACAAGAUUAUGAAGCAAUUACAAAACGAAAUGACUUCAUAGAUAAUAAUCUAUUACUUGAAAUUUGCAAUUAUAGUGGAUAUAAAAUAUAUCCAGGUCAUGGUAAACGUGUUGUUAAAGUCGAUGGAAAGGUACACAUUUACUUAAACUCAAAAUGUCAACGAUCAGCGGAUAUGCGUCGAAAUCCUCGUCGUGUUACAUGGACAGUUUAUUAUCGACGAAAACAUAAGAAAGGUGCUGCUGAACAAGAAGUUAAAAAACGUACACGUCGUAAUAUUAAAUUUCAACGUGCUAUAACUGGCGUUACAUGGAAUGAAAUUCUUGCUAAACGUAAUCAACAACCAGAAUUUCGAAAAGCACAACGACAAGAUGCUAUCAAUGCGGCUAAACAAGCUAAAAAAGCUAAAGCUCAACAGAAAAAAGUAACACAAACUGCUAAUGUUAAAGCUGGUAAACCCGUGAAAAAACCAGAAAAAAUUCAAAAGAAUUUACCAAAGACAGGCCCAAAAAAAGGCACUCAACGUUAA